AUGUUCGUCUUCAAGCGCGACGGACGCAAGGAGCGUGUCCAAUUCGACAAGAUCACCGCCCGUGUGUCGCGGCUGUGCUACGGCCUCGACCCGGAGCAUGUCGACCCCGCUUCCAUCACCCAGAAGGUCAUCUCUGGUGUAUACCAGGGUGUCUCGACCAUCGAGCUGGAUAAUCUGGCCGCUGAGACAGCUGCCUACAUGACCGUCACCCACCCCGACUAUGCUAUCCUCGCCGCCCGCAUCGCCGUGUCGAACCUACACAAGCAGACCAAGAAGCAGUUCUCUGCCGUCAUCGCCGAUCUCUACAAUUAUGUCAACCCCAAGAACAAGAAGCAUUCCCCUAUGAUCUCCAAGGAGACAUAUGAGAUUGUGCAAAAGCACGCAGAGGAACUGAACUCGGCCAUCGUUUACGAUCGCGACUUCCAAUACCAAUACUUCGGCUUUAAGACGCUUGAGAGGUCAUACCUGCUCCGCAUCGAUGGGAAGGUGGCUGAGAGGCCACAACAAAUGAUCAUGCGUGUCGCUGUUGGCAUUCACGGCGAGGACAUUGAGAAGGCCGUCGAGACUUACAACCUCAUGUCCCUCAAGUACUUCACUCACGCCUCGCCCACUCUGUUCAACGCCGGAACUCCCAAGCCGCAGCUGGCAUCUUGCUUCCUCAUCGACAUGAAGGAGGACAGCAUCGAGGGCAUCUACGACACGCUCAAGACCUGCGCCAUGAUCUCUAAGACCGCUGGAGGCAUCGGUCUCAACGUCCACCGCAUCCGUGCCACCGGCAGCUACAUUGCCGGUACCAACGGCACCAGCAAUGGUCUGAUUCCCAUGCUCCGCGUCUACAACAACACUGCACGCUACGUUGACCAGGGCGGUAACAAGCGCCCGGGCGCCUUUGCCAUCUACCUUGAGCCGUGGCACGCCGAUGUGUUCAGUUUCCUCGACCUUCGCAAGAACCACGGAAAGGAGGAAGUCCGCGCGCGUGACCUGUUCUACGCUCUCUGGAUUCCCGACCUGUUCAUGAAGCGUGUCGAGCAGAACGGCACUUGGACCCUCAUGUGCCCCAACGAAUGCCCGGGUCUGGCAGACGUGUAUGGCGAGGAGUUCGAGGCUCUCUACGAGCAGUACGAGAAGGAGGGCCGUGGCCGCGAGACUGUCCGGGCGCAGAAGCUGUGGUACGCUAUUCUCGAGGCUCAAGUCGAGACUGGCAACCCCUUCAUGUUGUACAAGGACCACUGCAACCGCAAGAGCAACCAGAAGAAUCUUGGCACCAUUCGCAGCUCUAACCUUUGCUGCGAGAUCGUCGAGUACACUGCCCCCGAUGAAGUCGCCGUCUGCAACUUGGCUUCCCUGGCUCUUCCGACCUUCGUGGACGUCGAGAACGGUGUUUACGACUUCAACAAGCUCCACGAGGUCACUCAGGUGCUUGUGAAGAACUUGAACAAGAUCAUCGACAUCAACCACUACCCGGUGCCUGAGGCUAGAAAGAGCAACAUGCGUCACCGCCCCAUUGCGGUGGGUGUCAAUGGUCUUGCUGAUGCCUUCCUGGCUCUCCGCAUGCCUUUCGACUCCCCCGAGGCCAAGCAGCUCAACAUCCAGAUCUUCGAGACCAUUUACCAUGCUGCCCUCACUGCCUCGAUCGAGCUUGCCAAGCUCCACGGUCCUUAUGAGACGUUCCAGGGUAGCCCUGCCUCUCAGGGUAUCCUCCAGUACGACAUGUGGAACAAGACUCCCACCGAUCUCUGGGACUGGGAUAGCCUGAAGGCCGAGAUUGCUCAGCACGGUAUCCGCAACUCUCUGCUCGUCGCACCCAUGCCUACUGCCUCGACGAGUCAGAUUCUUGGUUUCAACGAGUGCUUCGAGCCUUACACAUCGAACAUCUACUCUCGCCGCGUCCUGGCCGGUGAAUUCCAGGUUGUCAACCCCUGGCUCCUGAAGGACUUGGUCGACCUCGGGCUAUGGUCUGACCAGAUGAAGAACCGCAUCAUCGCUUCUAGCGGUUCCAUUCAGCACAUUCCCAACAUUCCCGACGACAUCAAGGCGCUCUACAAGACUGUCUGGGAACUUUCUCAGCGCACCAUCGUCCAGAUGGCUGCCGACCGUGGUGCCUUCAUUGACCAGUCGCAGUCCCUCAACAUCCACAUGAAGGACCCUACGAUGGGCAAGAUUACCUCUAUGCACUUCGCUGGAUGGAAGCUCGGCCUCAAGACCGGCAUGUACUACCUCCGUACCCAGGCUGCCGCUGCGCCCAUUCAGUUUACUGUCGACCAAGAGGCUCUCAAGGUUGCUGAUACCAGCGUCGCUCGCACUCAGAAGCGUCGCACCCUCGGCACUGCCGGCUACCAGAGCGCUUCAGUCCCGCGCCCCAUGUAUGCGCAGAAGUCUGACUCUCCAGGCCCGGACAGUAUGUCGCCGCCGGUUUCCACGCCUCCUGCGCCCACAACGCCAUCCAAGGAGAGGAAGAUCAACCCCAUGACGCCACGGAAGGAUGCAAUCACGGCCCCCGAGUUCAAGGCGGAUGUGGAAGACGGCGACAGCCCCAAAUUACUGUCGACCAAGCCGGAUGGCUCAGUCCCCACGGAGGAGGAGCUACCUUCGGCCCAGCAUCCCAAGGAUCCUCAGGAUGAGGACCAGGAGAAGGACUCGGAUGAGCGCGAUGGAGAUAUCUACGCGGAUGCAGUGCUGCAGUGCAGCAUCGAGAACAAGGAGGCGUGCAUCAUGUGCAGUGGUUGA